AUUAAACUCGGAGACUUAUCAAGUUUUUGCUUAUAAAUCAACAGUCAGUUAACGUUCACACGUGGAAUUGGUUACGUCGCUAAAAAUGAAGAAAAUAUAUCUCGCUGCGGUAGCAGCAAAUCUGGGUAUGCUGUCAGUUGGCCAAUUUAUUGGUUGGGCAUCACCAUCCCUGCCUAAACUGAUGUAUGACAAUAGCACCGAAUAUCCUGUGCAUUUGGACUCAGAGGAAGUUUCUUGGGUGAUAACUUUAUUUACGAUUGGUGCAAUGCUAGGUCCCAUUAUCUGUGCAUUUAUUGUGAAUAUUAUUGGCAGAAAACAUACUAUGUUACUGACCACUGUACCCGCAGUGAUCAGCUGGUUGCUGAUAGCUUUUGCAACAUCAAAAUGGGAACUAUACGUAGCAAGGGUACUGUGUGGAUUAUGUACGGGCAUGUCUUAUACAACCACGCCGAUGUAUUUGGGUGAAAUUUCGUCAGCAAAUAUCCGUGGUUAUUUAGUAUCCAUGUUAGUAGUUGUUGCGGGUAUCGGCACUUUGGUCGAGUUCAUUAUAGGCCCGUUUCUCUCGGUGCAAAAUCUCGCCCUUGUGUCUUUGAUAUCGCCGUGCCUAUUUGUGAUCACUUUUAUCUGGGUACCAGAGUCCCCGUAUCAUUUGAUACGCUGCGACGCCAGACAGAAGGCCAUUAACUCUCUUAUUCAAUUGAGAGGCAAAGAGGAUGUUUACACGGAGGCGGACAAUAUUGAACAGGCCGUAAAAAUUGAUUUGGCUAAUGAAACUGGUUUUCGAGAGAUUCUAUUUGUGCCGGGUAAUCGCAGGGCCUUAUUAAUUUUGUUGUGCCUGGCCGCAUUUCAACAAUUGAGUGGCGUUAGUGCUAUAUUGCAGUUUGCUGAAAUAAUCUUUGAUGAAGCGAAUAGCAGUUUGAAGGGCAAAUACUUGACCAUGAUAUUAGGCGCUGUUCAACUAGUUUCCACGAUUGUCUGUAUGUUUGUCAUUGAUCGCUGCGGCAGAAAGCCACUACUGAUAAUCUCCGCCUUUGGUUCGGGGUGCUCGACUGCCAUGGUUGCAAUAUAUUUCAAUCUACAAUACAAUCAUGUGAAUACCAAUGAGUUGGUAUGGUUACCUAUCACCGGUGUGUUAACGUACAUGAUCAUGUACUCUUUGGGUCUAGCUGCGCUAGUGCUUACUAUAUGUAGCGAAGUAUUCCCCACGAAUGUGAAGGCUCUUGGCGCUACAUUAACUGUAGUCGCGCUCGGCGUUUCGGGCUCUGUUGUGGGAAAAUUGUACCUUUUCAUAGCGGAAAAUGCUGGUACACACGUGCCAUUCUGGAUUUUCAGCGCGUGCUGUUUCACUUGCGUCCUGUUCACAUUUUUCUAUGUACCUGAAACCAAAGGCAAGACUCUGGAGCAGAUACAGGAAAAGUUGCAUAAACGGUCAAAAUAGUGAGACUCGGAAAGUUCUUACAUGUUGAUCUCUCGACGAAGAGUGUUCAUAAAUUAUGCUUUGUUAAGGAAAGGACUU